AUGGCUUUUUCUCCUCGGUUGUUGUUGCUUCUGACUGCCGUCAGCGGACUGCUGACGGGGAGUUGGUCUUUUGACGAAGGGAAUGAUAAUUGCUGUCCUGAAGGCUGGACUCAGUUGAACGACCGCUGUUUCAUCUUCGACAAGCAUGACUUUAACUUUGUAACUGCAGAGACAAUAUGCAUCAUUCUCGGUGGGAACCUGGUGUCCAUUCACAGCAAACUGGAAAAUACCCUUGUGAGACAACUGAUUUUCAGAAGCACUGGCGCAAAUGGCCUAACCUGGAUUGGAUUCACUGACACAGUCAUGGAGGAUUCCUUUAUUUGGACCGAUGGCUCAAUUGUGGAUUUCACCAACUGGGGAACCAACCGUCCUAACAACAACAAUGGAAACCAGAACUGUGCAGUAAUCAACUUGAGAGGAGAGGAUACCUGGAACGAUGUCCGAUGCAUUGGGAGGAGACCCUUUGUUUGUGCCAGAGAUGUGAAACAUUCCCAUUAAAUCUUCCUGAGCAGUUUUUUCCCCCACAGUUUGCGUUAGACCGCUAAGAAAAUAACUUUACGCCAUUGCCACCUGUGUGCAUUAUUCACAUCAUAUUUUUCAUUUGCUUGUGUAAACCUGCUCAAAUAAAGUGCUUCUGUGUUAGACCACAGUUUCUUUCUUCCAUUUUGUCAGAAUAAUUGUAUAUAAGUUAUCACAAUUCAUUACCAUGAGUUGAUUAACGUGGACUUAAACAAGUUGAAAAACUUAU